CAUACACAUACUCAAGCGCCUCGCUUUCUUUUCACGUGCUUGUGGUGGCCAAUAGUGACACCCAAUUGCCGCCAUUGACAUGGAUGAAACCUACCCUUUGAUGAUCUACCCUACUUCACUCUCCCUCUACCUCUUCCCUUCUUAUAAUCUUCUCUCCACUCUCAACCAGCCACCUUCAUUUUAAUUUUUCUCGCAUUCUGUUCCAAACAUUCUAAACACUUGUUGCGGAUUAGUUGUAAGAAGCCAUCAAAUCAAAUCAAAUUAUGGAGGACAUGAUAAUCUCUCCCUCCUCGUCAUCUUCUCUGGUGUCUAUCCCACAAGAAAACACACCAACCCUUCAGCAAAAGCUUCACUUCCUACUCCAAAACCAGUUACCAGAAUGGUGGGUCUAUGGCAUCUUCUGGCACACAACCAACGACGACAAUGGCAAUCUCUUUCUCUCCUGGGGAGACGGCCAUUUCCAAGGCGCCAAAGACGCCUCCUCCCCGAGACUUAUUCCUCAUUACCCCAUUUCAGUGACGGACAGAUGCAGAAAGUUCAACAACAACAGCAACAAUAACAAUGACGGAGAAUGGUUCUACAUGAUGUCUUUGACACGCACCUUUCCUAUGGGCGAAGCUUUGUAUUCUUCCCUACCCGGAAAGGCCUUUGGUUCGGGGUCUCCCAUCUGGCUCAACGGGGACCUUCAAUUCUGCGACUGUGACAGAGCUAAAGAAGCUUACAUGCAUGGCAUCCGAACUCUCGUACACAUUCCAACCACCGAUGGCGUUCUUGAAAUGGGUUCCUACGAUCUCAUCACUGAAAACUGGGCUCUACUUCAACAAACCAAGUCCCUCUUUGGAUCGCAACACCAGCAACUCAAUCCUAUACAGUUCUUCGACGACCAGAACAUCUCCUUCGCUGACAUUGGCAUUAUCGCCGGCGUUCAAGAAGAAGACAACUCACACGAAGAAGAUGCCGUCAGAAAGAGAAAGGAAACGGAAGCACUCAACAACAAGAAAAAGAAUAAGGAUCACUCGUCAAUGGGGAAGUUCAGAUCAUCGCGUCAAUCGUCCUUCGUGGAUUCGGAGCAUUCAGACUCGGACUGUGGUGCACCAAUGGCGGCAGCGGAGAAGAGGUUGCCGAAGAAGAGAGGGAGGAAACCAGGGAUAGGGCGUGAAACCCCGCUGAACCACGUGGAGGCAGAGCGGCAGCGGAGGGAGAAGCUCAACCACCGGUUCUAUGCUCUGAGGGCGGUGGUUCCAAACGUGUCAAGGAUGGACAAGGCUUCUUUGCUUUCCGACGCGGUGUCUUACAUAAACGAGCUGAAGGCAAAGAUCGAAGAGUUAGAGACUCAGGUUCAGAAGGAGUCAUCGAUGAACAACAAUAAUAAGAAGGUGAAGGUUGAAACUGGCGACAGCAUGGACAACCAGAGCACCACCACAACCUCCUCCGUGGACCAAAACAAUAACGAGAAUGAGGCGGCAGAGGUGCAGGUGGAGGUGGAGGUGGAGGUGAAGAUGAUAGGAGAAGAGGCGGCGAUGGUGAGGGUUCAGUCGGAGAGUGGGACCCACCCUGGUGCGAAACUGCUGAAUGCAUUGCGGGAAUUGGAGUUUCAAGUGCAGCAUGGAAGCAUGUGGUGCGUCAACGAGAGCAGCAUCAUGCUCCAACACGUUCUUGUGAAGCUUCCAGAAGGGAUCACGAUGAGAACUGAACAAGCGCUUAAAUCUUCCAUUCUAAGCAGAUUAUUGGAUCAUCAUAAUCAAUAAGCAAACAAGGAAGUAUCAUCACAAUAUUCAGAACUCAUCGAUCACGUCUACCUACUUCUCUGCUUCGUUUUGUCUUAUGUUUUGUUGCCUUUUCUGCUGCGGCCUUGGCCCUAGCUGGCCCUCGUCUUCUUCAUGAUUAUGCUCAUUAUUAUUUAGUUUUGUCUCUACCUACCUACCUCCUUGUACGUCUAAAUUGUAAUAACGAUCUUUCUAGCUACUAGACAUCUUCAAUGUUUAUCCUUCUUCUUUUAGGUGUGGUUCAUUUUGAAUAUCAAAUGCUUGGAUUUUAUUUC